AUGGUGGUCCCCCUUGGGGACAGGGCCUCCCUGUCCGCUGGCUUUAAGGAUGGCCAUCAGGACACACUGACCCUGGGCGGGGGCUUGGGGCGCCGUGUUGAAGGGACCUGGCACCCCGGUGCACGCAGCGCGCGCCCACUGCCGGCCUGGGACCCACCUCGGCCGAGACCGCUUCCGCGCGGCGGCAGUGCGCACGCGCGCCGCCUCCUGCGCGCGCUCAAACUACAACCCCCAGAGUGCAUCGGGAGCCGGUCUCGCGAGUUCCCUCGAAACCGGCCAAUCGGCGGUCGGCACCGCCGCUCGCACUACAGCCCCCAGCAUGCACCGGCGGCCCGUCUCGCCGCGAGCCCGCUUCAAACGCGCCAAUCGGCAGCCCGCGGCGCGUUUAAAUCCGCCGAGUUGGUGCCUCCGGGCUUCGGCCGCCGAGCUCCGCCCCGGACGCCCGCCCUUGCGGGCCCUGGCUCGGCCCAGGCUUCUCAGCUGAGUGAGGCGGGCAGUGCGAGAGGGCGAGGUUCUUCUCUGCACCCCAAGACGAAGGGGCUGCCCACCCCAGCCGACCCCCUCAAAACGCCCAAGGUUUCUGCCGGGGAGCCCCCCGGCGCCACGCCGCAGCCCGCUCGGGCGCCCAGGCCGCAGUCCUGCACGUCGGCGGGGAGGCCCGCCCUGCCCUGCACCCCAUCCAGAUGUGCAUCCACGCCCGGCCUGUGGAGCUGCUCACGGGGCGCCAGGACCCCGGCCAGCACCAGGCGCCUGUCGGCCCUGCCCACGCCUGCUGGCCGCCGGCUCUCUGGCCUUCUGCUGGCGACCCCCCGGACCAAGCCCCGGAUUCCGGCCUCCCCGCUGCGUGUGCCGGCUCGGAGACUGUCUUCCGAACCCCAGAAAGAGCCCUCAGCAAGAGCUUCCCUGGAGGGCAGCGGGGGCCCAGCUGCCCCUGCGCGCCCCGGCACGCCGCCCCAGGGCAGCUGCCCCCCUCCCUCCGCGGUGCCGCGGGCGCUCAGCUUUUCUCCAGACGAGAGUGGCUUCCCCGCCUCGCCGCGCGCCCCCACACAAGCAGCCCCGGAGGAAGCGCAGCCGCCAGCAGCCACAUCGCCGCGAGAGGCCAUUCUUGUGGAUAUCAAGAUGGAUGAACUUACGAUCACCCCCAGAGUGGAGAGCACGCCCCUCGUUGACCUCCCCCUCGUUGACCUCCCCCUCGUUGACCUCCCCCUCGUUGACCUCCCCCUCGUUGACCUCCCCCUCGUCGACCUCCCCCUCAUCGACUUUGACAACACUCCUGAAGCCAAGGUGGCUGUGGGCCUGGAGAGCCGGCCUCUGAUCGACCUCCUGAUCAACACCCCGGACUUUGGCAGGGGCCCCCCGCCCAAGCCUGUCCACGAGGCGGCGCAGCUGAUAGACCUGACGUCCCCCCUCAUCCAGCUGAGCCCCGAGGCUGACAAAGAGAACCUGCCCUCUCCGCUCCUCAAGUUCUGAGCCGUCCAGCGCUGUGUUUAGUCUUUGCCAAAGGUUCUGCACUGGUUUUCCACCCCAAGACAUUUGAGGAAAACGAUUGGAAAGGGGGAGAGACCCGGCCGCCACGCUGCCGUGGUUGCGCCCUGAGCAGGCGGCUUCUCUGCAGAUGAAUUUUGUUUCUCGCUUUGCAUCUUAUAGGUGAAACAGUGACUUUUUAAAAAUAUGUUUGCUUGAAAAGUUAAAUAUUCGCGAUUUAAAUUAAAGUGUAAA